AUGUCGCCCAUCUCCGUCUUCCGCGUCGCGACCCGCGCCGUCCGCCCUUCCGGCUUCAUCAGAGCUGCUCAAUUGCCCCGUCCCCGGGUGCAGGCCCCCGUUGCUCUGGCUAUCGCCCGUCCCAGCUUCAGCACCUCCGCUAAGCGCUUCGGCGGUCACCACGAGGACGAGACAUACGAGGAGUUCUCUGCCAGAUUCGAGAAGGAAUUCGACGGUGUCCAGGAUGUCUUCGAGCUCCAGCGUAAUCUCAACAACUGCUUCGCCUACGACCUCGUUCCCUCCGUUGAGGUCCUCACCGCUGCUCUGAAGGCUGCUCGUCGCGUCAACGACUACCCCACCGCUGUCCGGAUCUUCGAGGGUGUCAAGGCCAAGGUCGAGACCCAGGAGCAGUACAAGCAAUACCUCGAGGCCCUUGAGGGUCUCCGCCAGGAGCUGGGUGUUGCUCUCCGUGAGGAGCUCUACCCCGAGGAGGCGUAA